GUGCUCAGCUGGCUCCCCAUGGCGCCGCGCAGAACGAGUUGCCCACCACUCUACUCGGCUCUGUUCAGAUCGCUGGACCCCCUCCUGCCUGCCCGAGCUGCCAGCACAGCCUGGGAAGCCGCACCCCUUCCCGCCUCUGGCUCCGCCUUCGAGGAGGGCGGGGCCGAGACCGCUCUGAAGGAUGGCCAGGGGUUCGGGCGUGUCACACCUAGGGGCGAGGGGAGCAGGCGGCUGCGAGGCCCCGGACAGACCGGCAGACGAGUCCCGCUUCUCGGGCUACCACAUCCCAGCCUCAGUUUCCCCACCUGCCGAAUGGGAGAGGCUUCCCAACAAAGACUGGUUUUAAAUCACGAACUCUCCGAACUUUUUAACCAGCUGUGGGAUGCUGAUGUCAACCGCUUUGGUCCCAGCAGAGACUACGCCAUCUCCCUGCAGGGGAAGGCAGACUUUGUCCCCCAAGGCGUCCACAGAACUGUUGACCAUGCUUCUCAGGCUCUCUUCCUCUGGGUGAAUGAGAGCCGGUUACAGAGCACCAAGACCUUUGCAGCUUUUAUCUCCCUUUUGGAUAACUACGAGACAUCAACGGGAAUAGCAGAAGUCGUGACCCCGGAGGAGGAAGCAGAAAACAACCGAUUCUUGGAUGCAGUCUUAGAGACAGAGGUGAUGAAGCUCGCCCAUCAGUAUCUGGUGGGAAAAAAUUGGUCCAAGCCCAGCCUGGUGGAUUUCAGGGCUCAGCUCUACGGAAUCUGGUUCCAGCUGUACACUCGGGAGGGCCGCCAAGGGCCUGAUUCUUGUGGUUUUGAGCACGUGUUUGUGGGUGAAACCCGGCGAGGGCAGGACAUCCUGGGUUUCCAUAACUGGGUCCAGUUCUACCUUCAGGAGAAGCAGGGAAAUAUCGAUUACAAAGGUUACGUGGCUAGACGGCACAAGAGCCGGCCUGAUGAAGAUGACCAGGUGUUGAACCUUCAGUUUAGCUGGAAGGGUUUGGUGAAACCUGUGGGCAGCACCUUUCUGGGCGUGAGCCCCGAGUUUGAAUUUGCCCUCUUCACCAUUGUGUUCCUGCAGUCCCAGGAAAAGGUCACUCGGGUGCUCGUCUGCAUUGAAGAGUAUGAGCUGCAGCUUGUGGUCUACCGCCACGGCCGCCACAUUGGCUCUGCCUACCCUAUCCUGCUCAGCAGCGACAAUGAGGACCUAUACUGAGCCAGGGCUGGGCCGGGGGCCGGGCAUCUCAAACUGCAGGGAUUGGAAAGAAAACCUUCUUCACGGAAGUCUUUGGUCAUUCAUUAGGGUUAGAAAGCAAAGAGGGGCACAAGCUAUUGUCUAGGGGAAUGGACUCUAAUGCUUGGGAGGACAGAAGUCCUCAGCUCGGGUGUCUACUUUGUACUUUGUGUCUCCGUGGACAAGUUCGGGCUAAUCUCCACCUGUAAACAUGGGACUAUUCUCCUCAGAUCUGAAAAUUUCUGUUCUAAGGCCCCUCCGAGCUUUGGCAUCCCCUGUUCUAAGGCCCCUCCAAGCUUUGGCAUCCCCUGCUCCUUUUCCAAAUGCUAGCUAGUAUAACUGAGAUUUCUCCUGCUUCAUUCAGACUCGCUUUCUGAAGUCUGCUUGGAGCUAGUUCUUGCCAAUUUUUCUGGGGAGAAAAACUCAUCAAAGAACAGCGCUGAAAGGGCCCCAGGGGCCGCCUGCUUAACCCUUUCAUUUUACAGUUAGAAGUGGGGCCCAGAGAGGGCAAGUGCCCGAGGUCAUACAGCAAGGUAGAGGUAGAGCCUGGAGCCCCAGGUCCUGGUCCAACAGCCCUUCUCCAGCUUCGGCCACAUUCGGUAAAGGUCGAUGUCCUCUGACGACUAGCCUCAGGCAAAGCUUUCAAGAUGCCGUCCAAUGGGAGUUCAGGAGCCGGGUCUAUUCUUUUAAUGCUGAACUCAAGACAAGAGAGUGAGCCCUUUCCUUUGCAACUGAAUAGAAAAGGAUUGUCCAUGAAACUCUCUUAUGUACACUUCACCUCUUUAAAAAAUGUCUACAGUAAAUUCAGCGGGAGACUUUCAAAGCUGUCCUGAUGGUACUUCCCUCUGGUUUAUUCUGUAUUUUAAAAAAAGUGACCCUCUUUGUCUCCUUUCUUUGGCAUCUCUAUUCCUUUUCCUCCUCCCCACCCCUUGCAACUGAAAAGAAAGGAAAAAAUAAGCCGCCCCAAACCUUGUAACAAGUAUGAAUGACCAAACAAAACAGCUUUCUACAUUGGCCCCGCCUGGAAAUGCCCCCCUUGUUCUGCAGGUGGGUCUGCCCCAUCCUGGUCUGCAGGUGGCAGCCUGCUUUAUCCUUGGUCCUCUGUAACUGUGGUUGAGCGCGGCACUAAUCCGACUCUCAAUAUGGUGCUUCCUCACAACGUAGUCAUCGUGGUAUAAUAGUCCUGGUUCUGCUUCCUUUGUGCCCAGGCUCCCAGGUUUCUCUGAAGCUAUCUUUCUGAUCAUUUCCCAGAAAACCAGGGCUCUGGAAAGGCAUUGAUGCAUCACCCAUGCCUGUAUCUAUCUGGUACCCCAUGGGGCAUCUCAACUAGCGAUACACUGUCUAUACGUAUUCACCCAAGAAGGGGAUGGGAAUUUUAUGAAAACACUGAACAGGUUUAUCAUCCCAAAGUAUUCCUGCCUGAGUGCCCAUAAUGGUGCUAGUCAUUCUCCCACCUGCAAACUGACAAGCUUUGGUUGGCCUGAUGCCUGAUCACUACUUCUAGCCUCGUAAGAGCCUUUGAAACCAGGACACUAACUUCUUAGAAACUUAGAAAGAAGCCAGUUCUGCUUUGGCUUCCAUUUUGGACAUGUUUAGAAUUCUUUACUAAAGCCUUUUCCUUUUAUACUUCAAUCAUUUCCCCUAAAUUCUUUGUCCCAUACUGAAGUCUCCUUUAUGUUAAAAAAAAAAAAGGCAACAGCAAUUAUAUCCAGUGGUGUAUAUCAUUUUUCACAUUUGUAGCCCCCCUCACACACUCACACACACACACACACACACACACACACACACACACACACAGAGCUAUGUUUCAACAUCUCUGCUCUAGGAUUAAGAUUAUUUAUUACAAUUAAGCUUCUGGCUUCCUUUCAGUAAACCUUAGGCUGUCUUGGUCGUUCUGUGAAUUGUCCCCUUGCUUCCAUUUCUAACUACACUCCGCUUCUGUUCACCCAAAGCAUCCUGUAUUUCUCUAUUUUUUUCCUGUUCAUUGUUUCUUAGUGUCAAACACUCCCCCACUGCAUCUGUGUUCUACAGCCUAUUUAGCCAUCCCCUAUUGGCAGGUGUCUGCUUUGUUUUCACUUCUGUGGUUUCACGAAGAGCGAUGUUAUGAGUGUCUUGGUACAUACACAUGGGGACUUUGUUUUUGUCUUCAAUGCCCUUGGAAGCCCCACAUGCUCAUGUAUCAGAACGUCUGAACAGGGUAGUGACUUUUCUUGAACAAUUUAAUACGGUCCAUCCCUAGCAUGGAGUUAAAAUGAAGCUCCACUCCUAGUAUAGAAUGGGAGCGAUGGUGUCCAUCCCCAGAAUGGAAAAGGAAGAAGGAAGAAGUGGCCCAGGGAAGCUGGUUGUCUUCUUAGCUACUUCUAAUGGAAUGACAGCAAACUGGCUUAUCACCUCAAAAUUGUGUCCCUUGAACACCCCAAUGAUGUUUCGGUCACUUUCAUCCACAACCUUGGCAGACUCUGUAAAACACUUGUUAUGGAAGCAACAUUGUUGAGAUGAUACCAAAGAAAACACUUAACUCUGCUUGAGAAAUAUUUUGUGCUUAACCAACCAUUAUCUUCAGAUGGAUUACAGCUUCUAUGGGGAAAACACAUGCCUUUCACAAAACAUCCUGGCCACUGAGUGUAAACAUCUGAGUACACACUGCAUGGACCAGACCAAGGCUGUCAAUGCUCAGGGGCAGCCCAUCUACUUUCUAGGGCUCAAAGCAGCCUGAAAUGACUUUGAAUGAGUCUGCCUACUCUGUGCCAGGCACUGGCAUUACAAUGAAACGGUUCCUGCCUGCUAGGAGCUCGCAGUCUGUCUGUUAAGAGAGUUUGCAACUGGAGGCUUUGACAUUGCCUUGGUCCUGUCUGUAAGCUUCUGUGACACCAGCGUCCUUGCUGAUAAUGUAAUCCCCCAAUUAUGCCAUUUUUUUUUCUGGUGGAAAAAAAUUCAAUCCAUUUCAGGAUCUUGUUUCCAGGAGUUCCUCACCCUUCAGAAAGUCUUGUUUUCUGUA